UCGUAUUGUCAUUCCUCCCUACUAUUUCUUAUGAUUUGGAUUGAUUUUUGAAACUUCUCUACUUGGAUGUGAAACAAUUGGAGCAGAGAGCUAUUGAGUGUGUUCAAGUUUUGUUUGUUAAGUUUAACUAGAGUUCUCAGGUACCAGGAUACCUCUCUUUCUCAUUAUCGCACCACAGGAGUCCACAUAUCCACUAAUAUUGAGAUAUCAAACGAUGACAAUUUGAGAGUAUCUGGGUAUCAGCUGUUUUACUCUUACAUUUACUAAAUUUAAUCAUAUGGCCGAAAAUUUAUUCAUAAUGCCCAUUUAGGGAAAUACUUUUGUGGAAGUACAUAUGGUAAUCGCAAUUCUCAAUUUUAAACACAUCAAAUUUGCAAUUGCCUGCAAUUGAAGAAGAGCCAUGUAUGGUGAUAUAUUACAUAGAUUCAUUGUGGCGAUGGAUCCUCCAGCAGCAACUCAAUUCAGCAGUGACAAAUCCUCUCCCAUUAAGGUGGUCGAAUCUAGGUGUGUUUUUGCAUUGGUUCUUCACUUUAAUGGCUACAACAGUGUUCAGAAUUCCAAGACAACAUGACAUGGAGAUGGCAAGAAAAGACCUUGUUUUGGGUCUUAGUGGGGUUCAGGAUAUGUUUAAGAAAAGCAAGUCUGUUAUUUGCAGUGUAAGCCCCAUACUCAAAAAUUUCUUUGGCGCAGGAAUAUUAUGAAAAUUCAAUGUUUUCCUGGCUGAUGGAUGGGCUAUUAUGACAUUUCCUUUCCUGCCGUGCCCGAGCUUCAUCUUCUUGUGUUUUUCAGAAGAGCUGAUCUGAUCUGCCAUGGCACCACCAUUCCACAUUUUCCCAAGAGACCAUUGCCUUUCAUUCCUCAUGACCUUCGCCCAGACUUCAUUUUCAGACGUGUCUCAAGGUAGAACCCUUGCCGAUCAUGUGGUCAGAGGCAGCAGAAUAGAUGGAGAAGGCACUCUAUGUUCGUUGACCUACCAUGAGACACCCACUUUUGGCUUGUUGUUCAUUGACAUCAUUUAGUUCAUACUAAAGGAUUUGCUUUUGUCUAUAUGGAUGAUGAGCGAGAUGCUGAGGAUGCAAUACGAUCACUCGACCGGUCAGAAUUUGGUAGGCAGGGGCGCAGGCUUCGUGUUGAGUGGACAAAGCAAGAACGUGGUAUAAGAAGACCUGGGAGUUCAAGACGAUCUGCCACAGCUAAUUUGAAACCCACUAAGACCUUGUUUGUUAUCAACUUUGACCCAGUUCGCACUAGGACGAGAGACUUGGAGAAGCACUUUGAUCCAUAUGGAAAAGUACUGAAUAUAAGGAUUAGAAGGAAUUUUGCUUUCAUUCAGUAUGAAUCACAAGAAGAUGCCUCCAAAGCACUGGAUGCAACAAACAUGAGCAAGUUGAGGGAUCGAGUUAUUUCUGUGGAAUAUGCUGUUCGAGAUGAUGAUGACAGGAGAAAUGGGUACAGCCCUGAGAGAGGUCGUGACAGGUCACCUGAGAGGAGGAGCCGUGAUAGACGUGAUCAUGGCCGAUCGCCAAGCCCUUACCGAAGAGAGAGAGGUAGUCCUGAUUAUGGCCGGGGACCUAGCCCGUAUUCUAAGCCUGAACCACGAGCAAGUCCUGAUUACGGUAGAGCUGAAAGCCCUGUCUACGAGAGAUAUCGCAGCCGUUCACCCGCAGAACGCGAAAAAUCUCCCCGCGAAAUAUCACCUGCGGAACGCAAAAGAUCUCCCCAGGCACGUGAAAGAUCUCGAUCUUGAGACCAUUGUAGAGCUCAAGGGAUUCCCCUAGUGUGGACGAACUUGGCAUCAGCACCUUUCUUUUAGCAAUCUUACAUUGUGAGAGAGGCUUGUAAACUUGUGCAUUUGGGGAUUAUGUAGUGCAGAUCCAUGGCUUGUAGAGUUACCUUGAUUUGAUUAGCUUU